UCCGUCAGGAGCCGCUCGCAGCCUGUAGUUAGGGCGUGAACCAUCCAGGCGCGCUUAUCUCCUCUUUGCUCGAAACCAAAAGGGAGAUAAAAUGUGGCUCGGCUUCCUGCGAGCGGCAUGAUUAGCAUUCGGGUUGAUCCUCUUGGGGAGACGCGACCUGUUUCCAAGCCGAGCUCGUCUCUCACAAACGCAUAGUUGCAUGUCCAUCUGCCAUGUCGUUGGUCAGACAUUGCUGAGUCCUGCAGCUGGCCGAGGAGACAUUGCCUCGUUUGUCUACUUCUUCUAUUUAUGUGCUCCUGAUAGCUACAAUGCGAAUCUCGCGGAAUCUCCUGCACGCCUGCUCACCGAGCGUCCCGAUCCUAGGUCUGCUCUGCCUACUGCUGCCUUUUUGUUGCGCAGGACCGGCCUUCACCAACACCCGCUACCACAUCGUCCCCGGAGUCCCCUUUGAGUUAAGCUGGACUGGGAACGAAGGCCCGGUGACGGUAGACCUUGUGUCAGCCGUCGAAGAUCGCACCGUUGUGGUGCAAAACGUAGCAGUCAACGACUCUCGCACUUCUGUCAUCUGGACGCUGCCGAACAGCGUGCCUGCAGGGCAGUACCUAUUUCGGAUCAAGGACGCGGGGGGCGGUUUAGAAUAUUCCCGAGCGUUGGACUUUAAGAAGACAGCAAACUUAUCAACAACACUCUUUACGGAUCCCGCACCGAGCCCGACUGCCGGCGCCUCGCACCUGCCCACCGCUAGGAGCACCGCAAUGCCAACGCAAGCGGCGGACACGGGCCUGAGCACCGCGGAAAAGGUGGGCAUCGGGAUCGGCGCCGCGGCAGCGCUCCUGCUGCUCCUGGUCGCACUCCUCGUCUUCCUCUGCUGCUGGCGGCGGCGGCGGCGGCUGCAGGAGCAGCGACGACGACGACGGCACUACCAAGAAGCAAGAAGCAGCCACCGCCUUGACGCCGCCGUCCGCAGCUCCAAGGCCGGCUCGGCCCAGACGACGACCUCGACGGCCUACACGGCGACCGACAUCGCCUCGGACUGCUCCUGCUGCUCGCCGGUCGCCUCCACCACGUCGCCGCUGCCGCCGUCGUCUCAGGACCCGCCCCUGACGAGGAUGCCCAUCCUCUCCGGCGCCGGCGCCGCCAUGGCGCCCCUCCGCACGGGCGGCGUCGUGGUGGGCACGCCCACCACCACCACCACCACCAGCCCCUUGUCGGCCGUGGCCAGGGCGCCCAGGGCGCUGCGCGCGCGCGGCGCGGCCGACGGCGGAGGCUCUUACUCGCCGCUCCCCGCGGGGGAGAGCGUGGAUCCGUUCGAGGACGUCAUCUCGCCCGUGACGCCCCAGCUCGCGGCCGCAGGUGGCUGGAAGCAGCAGCAGCGGCAGCAGCAGGGUGGCGAGUGGGUUGGCCGCCCCCCGCCGCCUGCCGGCAGGUGGGCCGGGGGCGGCGGCGGGCAGCGGUCCCUGGCGCCGCUGGCGGAGUUGGAGACCGGGGCCCAGAUGUACGUGCCGCGGGUGGAGGACGCGGAGCGGCCCUGGAGCAGGCGCGGGGAGGCGUGGAGGAGGCAGCAGGCGGUGGAGAGUCCGGUGCUUGGGAGGGCGCGGCUGGAUACUCCCAGUUUGUACUCUCAGGAUGGCGGCGGCUUAUGAGCGGGUUAAUUUGCGUUCUAUUUUGUAGGGGAAAGCCGUAAUUUGGAAUACAUGAGUAUGUAC